AGUGAGGUCGCUGGAGCUAUAAAUAGGGGCCUGACUGGAGGGAGACUCACCUGGUGUCUGCAGGUGGCUUCCACUCCCAGAGAUGAUGGGGAAAGUCGCCUUCUCCCUGCUCCUCGCCCUGGCUCUGGUGACCCUCGGGGUCUCCUCAGGGAGAAAGUGCGUCCUGUCUGGACUGUGGAAGAAUGAGCUGGGCUCUAACAUGACCAUCUCUGCCGUGAACGCCGAUGGGGGAUUCACCGGUUCGUACCACACGGCAGUGACGGCCACCGACAAACACAUCCGGGUGUCACCCCUGAAGGGGUCCCAGAAGCCCACGAGCCGGAGGAAGGAGCCGACCUUUGGCUUCACCGUGAGCUGGACGUUCUCAAACUCAGUGACCGUCUUCGUGGGCCAGUGCUUCGUGGAUGAUAAAGGGAAGGAAACUCUGAAGACCAUGUGGCUUCUGCGUGAGGAGGUCAGCUCCCCCGGCGCCGACUGGAAAGCGACCAGGGUCGGCACAAACAUUUUCACCCGGAUCAAGUGAUUCGUGGGCGAAUCCGUGAGGAGCGACGGUGCCUGGUGACCCUGUUUGCUGGGCUGCAGAAUCACCCGUCUCUGUCUCCACCUCCCCCUCGCUCUCCGGUGACCCCCCCAGAAUCGCUGUCCUCGCCCCCCCAUGCUGCAGUUUAGUUCCUUUCCCAGUAAAGCUCUAGCGCGGGAGGCAAAUGAGUCUCUGGUGUUUUUACCGCUCUUGGCCCUUGGGGUGAAGCUGUUGCUGAGCCGUGAGUCCCACCUGCCCCUCCCUGGAUUCCCCGGGAGGUGCCGGAUUCUCUCCCAUUAGCUGGGCCCUUCCUGGGACACCCCUUGGCAGGUUCAUCCCCCUGGGUCGCUCCUUUGCUCCCUGCCCAUAGCCGGGGGCACAGAAUGCAGCAGCCGGUGUACAGCCCCAAGGAGACGCCCUUCCCGGCUAAACGGCCCUUCGCUCACUCGGGAGGUUCCGGUCCAGCGCUCUCAGCCCUGGGUUUCGUUUCUCUCGGGCAUCCGGCGCCGCCCACCUUGAGAUCUAGGCACCAGAAGCCAAAUAAACAUUUUUCACUGGAAAAA